UCCCCGUGUCUGCCGCAGUCUCCGAGACGCAGCACUGCAGCUAGGUGCGGACGGGCAGCAGAGCUCAGUCUCUUCACACUCCACUCUGCCACUCUCAGUCUGCUCUGCUUCAGUGCCUCUCUGCUGCCAUGGCCGCGCGUAUCUUGCUCCCGCUGCUGCUCUUCCUCCUCGGCUCGCAUUGCUGGACCGGGGCGGCCGCGGCGGCGAGGCGGCAGCUGCUGCAGGCGCGGCGCGCCGGGGACCCCAACUCGCAGGUGAAGUUCGACUUCUCGCCGUUCCUCAUCGAGUACAAGAGCGGGCGCGUGAAGCGGCUGAUGGGCACGGACGUGGUGGCGGCGUCCUCGGACGCGCUCACGGGCGUCACCUCCCGCGACGUCGACAUCGACCCGUCCACGGGCGUCACGGCGCGGCUCUACCUCCCGAGCUUCCGCGCCAGUGCCAGGGUGCCCGUGCUCGUCUACUUCCACGGCGGCGCGUUCGUGGUGGAGUCCGCCUUCACCCCCAUCUAUCACGCAUACCUCAACACGCUCGCCGCGAGGGCGGGCGUGGUGGCCGUGUCCGUGAACUACCGCCUGGCGCCGGAGAACCCGCUCCCGGCGGCGUACGACGACUCGUGGGCGGCGCUCAAGUGGGUGCUGGCGAGCGCGGCCGGGUCGGACCCGUGGCUGUCCCAGUACGGCGACCUGUCCCGCCUGUUCCUCGCCGGCGACAGCGCGGGCGGCAACAUCGCGCACAACCUGGCACUGCGCGCCGGGGAGGAGGGCCUGGACGGCGGCGCGCGGAUCAAGGGCGUGGCGCUGCUGGACCCCUACUUCCAGGGCCGGAGCCCCGUGGGCGCCGACGCCAUGGACCCGGCGUACCUGCAGUCGGCGGCGCGCACCUGGAGCUUCAUCUGCGCGGGGCGGUACCCGAUCAACCACCCCUACGCUGACCCGCUGGUGCUGCCGGCGUCGUCGUGGCAGCACCUGGGCGCCUCCCGCGUGCUGGUGACCGUGUCGGAGCGGGACCGCCUGAACCCCUGGCAGCGCGCCUACUACGCCGCGCUCCGGGGCAGCGGCUGGCCCGGGGAGGCGGAGCUGUACGAGACCCCCGGCGAGGGCCACGUCUACUUCCUCACCAAGCUCGGGUCGCCGCAGGCGCUCGCGGAGAUGGCCAAGCUCGUCGACUUCAUUAAUCGCGACUAGCACUAGCAGCCGGGGAGAUGGAGUCGCUGCUGCGGCAACUCAUUAACCGCAGUACGGCGAGACAGAAAGCAUCGAUCAGUAUACUACACUAGUAGCAGUAACUAGCGAGGAGUGGGAGGUGAUUGUUAGUACUAGUAAUUUCUUCGUUUUGCCCUUGAUGAUUGCCGGUCGAUUAUAUUCUACACAUCGUCGGAAGAAAUGGUUCCUUUCCUCCUUCAACCGUCCGGAUGGAGAUGGGGACCGGUGUCCGUUCGCCGUCGCCCGCGUCGCGUCUCAAUGUCUCAUUGACUGCAGUCCACAGGCAGGAGGCUAGCGUGCUGUGCAGUUCAGUGCUGGCCGCUGCCUGCGUGUAGCGGUUACUUCAGUUACAGUACUGCCGUAUAAUAUUCGUAUAGAUGCGUCACUCUACUAGUAGUACCUACCUACUACGUCACUCUGGUGAUUUCCUCAAA